UUUAGAGACCCAGACGAAAUUGGACAGAAGCUGUGAUUUGAACUCUCUGUAACUCUGAAUCCAAAAUAUGGAUCUUUACGCGCAAAAUGAGACCUCGACCUCCCCCGAGUGCGCCGGAGCGCAGGCGGAUGCGAUCCAAGGUAACGGGAGCUUCGAGGCUUCAAACGUCACCUGCGACAACGCCUUCACACAGCUCGUACCUCGAAGUGUGAGGCAGAGAGAUGAGGACCACACGCUGCGGAUCCUGCUCUACUCACUCAUCUUCUUCCUGAGCGUGUUCGGCAAUCUUCUGAUCAUCGUGGUGCUGACUCUCAACAAGCGCAUGCGCACCGUGACCAACACUUUCCUGCUGUCGCUCGCCGUCAGUGACCUGAUGAUGGCCGUGUUCUGCAUGCCCUUCACCCUCAUCCCGAGCAUCCUCAAGGACUUCAUCUUCGGAGCUGCCAUGUGCAAGAUAGUGUCCUACUUCAUGGGCAUAUCAGUGAGCAUCUCCACAUUUAGCCUGGUUGCCAUAGCAAUUGAACGCUAUAGUGCUAUCUGUAACCCCUUGAAGUCACGAGUGUGGCAGACCCGGUCCCACGCCUAUCGGGUGAUCGCUGCCACAUGGGUGCUGGCGUUCAUCAUCAUGAUCCCCUAUCCAAUCAUCAGUCACCUGGAAUCUUUUCAGCGCCCCGACAACACCACAGCGCACCAGUGUCGCCACAAGUGGCCUCUGCCGAUCGCCGAGCAGACCUGGUACAUUCUGCUCCUGCUUGUGCUGUUCGCGAUCCCGGGGGUGGUGAUGAUUGUGGCUUACGGCCUGAUCUCCAGGGAACUUUACAGAGGCAUCCAGUUUGAGAUGGGCCACAAGAAAAACUCUACUGAUGUGAAAAAUGGCCUGACCUCUACUGUGUCUUCUGGGAGCGAUGAUGGAGACGGCUGCUACGUUAAUGUCGUCCAGCGGCCACUCGCCAUGGAGAUGUCCACCAUGGUUGCAUCGGGCCGGUCGGUCAAGGCAGAGCGGCCACGCAGCAACACAUCUGAGGCCAAGCUGGAGGCCAAGAAGCGAGUCAUCCGCAUGCUGGUGGUCAUCGUUGUGCUCUUCUUUCUCUGCUGGAUGCCGCUGUACUGUGCCAACACGUGGCGGGCUUUUGACGACAUCUCUGCCACGCAUGCCCUCUCAGGGGCCCCGAUCGCUUUCAUCCACUUGCUGUGCUACACCUCGGCCUGCGUUAACCCAAUCAUCUACUGCUUCAUGAAUACACGCUUCCGCAAAGCCCUGCUCGCCACGUUCUCAUGCUGCGCCACGCCUUGCCGCCGCCGCCGUCGUCAUGGGCUACGGGACAAUGAGGAGGAUGUUAUGGCAACGGGGGCGUCCAUGUCUAAGUUCAGUUACACUACAGUCAGCACCAUGGGAAUCUGCUGAGGCAGAUGAAUGCAGGCGCAGUCCAGGACAGACAGUUACUACGGCAACACAGCACCCCACAUCCUUUUACUUUAGGUCAACUCUGCGCUCGUCCCCCCGAGAUGUGAUGUGGAGUGAAAAUAAAAACAGGCCGUGUGAUGUAGCUGUGCAGAAGUUGCUCAUGUGAGUGUGAGUAAAAUGAUGUAGGGAUUACUUAAUGAUACCCCAUCUCACAGUCUAAAUACCUUCAUAGUUAUAUUAACAAAAGCACAGAAACACAGCAGAUGGUUCUCUCCUCACAGAGGACCAAGGCAAACGCAUACGUGUGUGUGUGCGUGCGUGUGAUGCUCGUGCAGAGGAAAUGAGCAGCGGUGAGCUGUGUGAUAUGUGGGGGACGCACAACUGUAGCCAUUAAAAUCUUUUUAUUGUUUGCUGUCAGUUGUUAGUGUUAAUCUGUGUUAAUGAUGGUUAGCAAUUGCCUUGUGGACUAAGUGCCUGCUACUAAAUACUACGUUAUGUUUGUCUGCUGUUGAUUUGCCUCACUCAUUACAGGCCAUCGUAAAUACAGGAGAGGAAAUGAAGUCGAGUUUAAACAAAAUGAAAGUUCUACACGUCUGCGUUGAUUGCAGAAAGAAAAACUCCAGAGGUAUAAACUGUUUACAGAACAGGGAGAGUGUUGAUGCCUUGUGCUGUGUUCGUAAGCUGUGAUGUUAGUCAUCUUAUUGUAGUUUUCAGAUUCUUCUGAGUAUGCUGCAAUGCUUGUUGUGUCCUUGCCACUGGCCACAUAUGAACUGGGUCUCUUCCUCAUAUUAGGUUCUCACGGCUGAAGAUAUUAAACCAGUGCAAUCACAUCUGAGUGAUGAUAAGAGACUACUCAAUGAACUCUACAUUGUUUUAUUCCUGAUACCAUGAGAGAAACUCCAUGAACUCCCCUGAGUACAAGAGAAAAGACCAAAAGUACGAGUUUUAAAAGAUAAUCUGAUGUUAUAAGAGACAAUUGUUGCCAAUGAACACAAUGGACACUUAUAUGUGUAGGCAGACAGUAUAUUUUUUAUCAUAACAAUUGACAGUAGCUUUACCACCAAAUAUUAAUGUAAUGUAAUAUAAUGUUUUUGUAAUAUAAUGUAUAAAGUUCAUGGUAUUAGUAGAUUGGAGCUUAGAGCUGCACACUGCAGAAAUAACCCACCACAGCUACCACGUCCGACAGCACCAGCCAUUACCUCUGUAACUAAAAUAUAAUAUGUCAAUGAUAUUUUAUUGUGACACAAAAGUCAAGUAAAUCUAAAUUAUUGUAGAAAACAAUUGCAGACUCAAAAAAUGAUGCAUUCUACCAUAAGAUUUGCAUAAGUAGCCUCAUUCAUUCUAAAUCUGUAGUUUGAAUUUGCUGUUAAUGUUAUUGCAUUUCAAUGACUGAGUUUCUUUGUCUUUCUCUUUGCAUUCUGAACUUUGUAAAGACAAACCUUGUACUUAUUAUUUUAAUAUACUGUACCACGCAACUCAUUAGACUCAUAAUGAUACAAUAUAUGACCUGAACAUGAGGCUCAAUCAAGACGCCACGUGUCCAUGUUAAUUCUGUUGUACAGUAGCCUGUGUGUGCAGUAAAAUGUUACCAUUGUGUUAUCAUAUAUGUUCUGUAUGACACCAUUGAAGAGAGAUUUUUGUGCACAGUAAGUUCUCUGCAGCCUAACAGUGCGUUUUGAGGACACGAGGAUCAAGCUCCUGCAGCAUUGGGAAUAAGUUCAGUGACUUGUUGCUGUUGAGCUCACCUGCAGGUUAAAGAGAGACAGCCAGGUUUCAAAGGUCUCUGGUCGUCAGGCCCCGGUGAGCACGGCUGACUCUGACUGCCUCCCGCAAACACACACACACACACA